UCGUGCGUACGUGCGUCUUGAUGAUCCGCCUCCAAUCCCAGAUCAGCACCUCCGUCCCCACAUCAACGCACGCCCGGCCGUGAGCAAUGAUUUGCCGCCGUGGCAGGUCCCCGGCGGCCCUGGAAGAUGACGACCUGCUGGGGGAGAUCCUUCUCCGUCUACCUCCUAUGCCGUCCUCCCUCCCGCGCGCCUCCAUCGUCUGCAAGCGCUGGCAAGGUCUCGUCACCGACCAUGGAUUUCUCCGCCGCUUCCACGCGCACCAUCGGGAGCCGCCCCUCCUCGGCGCCUUCUUACAUCAUCCCGGUGAUAAGCUCAAGUUUACUCCUAUCCUGCCCGCUCCGGACCGCAUCCCUCCUCCGUACCUCGACAAAGGGGCCCGCUUGCUCAGUUGCCGCCAUGGCCGCUUCCUCAUCAUACACAGGGAGCACGUGGAUGUCUUCGUGUGCGACCACACCACCAGCAGCCAGCAUCGUUUGCUAAUUCCACCCGAGUUCAAGGGGCGUUACAUCAAUGGGGCGGUGCUAUGUGCUUCCCGCGAACGGGGCCACGUGCACCGCGAUUGCCACUCCACCCCCUUUAAGGUGGUCUUGCUGCUUGUGCAUGCUAAAAAUGGUCGACCUCUCACCUCUGUUUAUUCCUCUGAGACCGACACAUGGGCCGAUCUCAUCUCUACAGAUGUUCAGUAUCAUGGUUGUUUUGACGAUUAUUUUAGCACCCUUGUUGGUAAUGUACUUUACUGGUCGUUUAAGUAUGUGAUGAAGGCUAUACUUUGGUUUGAUUUGGAAAGGCAAAUCCUUGAUGUGCUCGAGGGGCCUCCUCAUAUGUAUCAUUCAGGCAACCAUCAGAUCAUCCAGGUAGAGGAUGGCGCAGUUGGUCUUGCCAUGAUGUCUCACCAUUACAACAACAUUCAAAUGUGGCAGAGGAAUGUGAAUUGCCACGGUGUAUCCACAUGGAUGUUGUGGAAGACCAUUGAGAUGCAUAACAUUCUUGGGAUCCCUCCUCAGGUCGAUGGACAGAAGACCUGGUUGAAAUUUAUACUAGGAUAUGUUGAGGAUACCGAUGGGAUAUUUUUAUAUAUGAACGGGAGUGUCUAUAUGGUUGAACUAGAGGAUAUGCAAUCUAGGAAGCUUUGCCAAGCCCGUAAUACUAUUACUUACUGUCAUUCUUUCAGGAGUUUCUAUGCACCAGGUGGAAGGGAAUUAAACUAGCCAGCGGGCCCUUUAGAUUUAGAACAUGGAUCUCUAUCAUCGUGCUGCACAGCUUGGUUACAUCAAAUUGCAUGCGUGAAUGCAGUGCAGACCCUGGAUGGCAAUGGAGCCAACCAAACACUAACAUUUGUGUUGUUGCAUAUUUUGCAAAGACAAGUAUUAUAGCUAUUGGAGGCAGAAGUAAUGCUGGAUCGGCAGUUUGUUUCUUAGAUUUUUUUCUCUCCAUAUCUUUG